AUGUCUUCUGCGUUACCGUUUAAGUUUUUCAAGAAUACAUUCCGUUGUUUCUAUUGCUCUAAAGAUUGUUCCGAUUUUGAUGUCCUUAGAGAGCACACGUCGAAAUAUCAUGAAAAAUUCGAUCAAGAUUGCGCGGCUAUGAAGAAAAUUAAAGGCAGAGAUCUCAUAGUUAAAAUUGAAAUAACAAAUCUCACUUGUAGGAUUUGUUACGAGAAACUCAUGGAUUUGAUAGACUUAAUAGACCAUAUAGUAGCAAAACACGGUGCGAAUUAUGAUAAUAGCGUUGAAUGCGUCCAAAUUUUUAAAAUAAGCAAAGAAAAUAUACCCUGUCCGAUAUGUCCAGAUAGUUAUUUUGGUUACUUCAAAAAACUACUCGAACACAUGAACGAACAUCACAGCAAUAAUAAUAUAGUAUGCGUAUAUUGUGGUGUAACUUUUAGGGGACACUCGAACUAUAGGGCCCAUAUAUCAAGAUAUCAUAGACGCAAAGCCUGCACGUGUCCGGAAUGUAAAAAAGAUUUUUGGAACUUGGAGAAAUUGGCGCGUCACAAAGCCAACGUCCAUGGUACUAAGAACUUCAAAUGUGUCCAAUGUAACGAAAAAUUUAUCACACAACACUUAAUGCGUAGACAUUUAGUAUCGGCUCACGGUUCAGGGCAUAAGUGCUCACAUUGCGGCAAACUAUUUACUCUAAAUUCACAUAUGAGGAAUCACGUAAGAAGAUCGCAUUUAAAGGAAAAAAACGUGGAAUGUCCAGUAUGUAAAGACAGGUUUUUUGAUAUAGCUCUGCUAAAAGUGCACAUGGUAAAACAUGUUGGUGCAAGAAAUUAUCAUUGUGAUAUAUGCGGAAAGAAGUUUCUGUGGAAAAAGAACUUGCGAGGGCAUCUCGCUUCCCAUGAACGAAAUUGA